AGCUGCGGGCCGGGGCGCCGGAGCCGGGCUGGCCCUGCCCGCGCUGCUCGGGGACCAUGGGAUGCUGCACCGGGCGCUGCACCCUCAUCUUCCUCUGCGCUUUGCAGCUGCUUGCUGCAUUAGAGAGGCAAGUGUUCGAUUUCCUGGGAUACCAGUGGGCCCCUAUCCUAGCCAACUUCCUCCACAUCAUCAUCGUUAUCCUCGGCCUGUUUGGCACUAUUCAAUACAGACCUCGCUACAUAGUGGUGUAUGCCAUCUGGACUGCAGUUUGGGUCACCUGGAACAUCUUCAUCAUCUGCUUUUACUUAGAAGUGGGAGGGCUCUCAAAGGACAGUGAACUCCUGACAUUCAACAUUUCCCGGCACCAAUCAUGGUGGAGUGAAAAUGGUCCUGGCUGUGUAAAGAAGGAGGCUUCAAUGUCUGGCAUCAAAGGGCUGGAUGGCCAUUCCUACAUCUCUGUGAUAGGCUGUGCCUUGGAGUACCGCUACAUUGAGGUGAUGCACAGCUCCUUCCAGAUCCUGAUCGCGUUGGUGGGCUUUGUCUAUGCCUGUUAUGUCGUUAGUGUUUUCACAGAAGAAGAAGACAGCUUUGAUUUCAUUGGUGGAUUUGAUCCAUUUCCUCUCUACCAUGUCAAUGAAAAACCCACCAACCUUUUGUUCAAGCAGACAUACCUGCCUGCAUAAGUAAGAGGAGCCAGAGGAUGGAUAAACCUUGCGCUCCAAAGGUGCUGCAAGAAACAAUGCCCUGUGGCCUGGAUCUUUGGCAGAGGAAAUGCAGGAUGGUGAACUCCAUUCCAUUUUUUGUUCCUUUUCUUCUUUCCAACUGCAAUGAAUGUACAUUGAAGAAUGGCCAUGAGGUUGGGGCUUAAUUCUCCAAGUGCCCUGAUGAACCAUUCCUACCAUAGUUUGGUGGUACCAGCUGAUAAAUGGCACAGGCCUGAAGACCUCCAGCAGAACACAUUCACCAAGAGCCUCUCUCAAGAGAGACAGGCGGAGUUGGAGCUGCUUCCUUACGCCAUGGAUCCAUAAAGGAGGAAGCACUGCAUAAUACCCUGGGACACUGCAUAUGUUCCGUAGUUAGUUUCUACCCCUUCUUUCCCUUGUUCUGAAAAGAGCCUAAAACCCCUAACACAACUUCAUUUCCUCCCUGCCUGGCUAGAACUAGGUGGGGGCUAUUUACAUUUGAGUUCUUUAGGCUUUUUGAGGUUUUUUUAAGUUAUAGAUGAGAACUCUUCCCUUCUUCCCUGCCCCAUCCAGGACUCCCUCAUUCUCUAUUCUUUAGACAUUGUCAGCACCUUAGCUUAGGCAUUUGUCCUGGAUUUCAGCAUUCAGCAACUUAACUCCUAUAAUGCUGAACAGCUAAAAACUAGUGCAACCACCAAAUCUUUACUCAGCAUGGAGCUUUGCCCCAUUUCAACAUGCCAAGCCAUUCUCAGAGCAGCUGUAACGUACUCUGGGUUUGCCCAUCUACAUAAAAUUAACACUGGGGUAGCCAUAUACACAGCUGAAGCCUGCUACAGGACACUGGAAGAGGCCUAAUUCUUCAUGGAUCGUAGAUUUUUGGACCUGCCUUCUUCACUGAGCAGCCGCUCUUAUUCCAGGCACAAGACUGGCACCAUCCUGAUGGGUUUUCUUGUGACAGGAUAAUUUUGAGGGGAGGGAAUGGGCUGAGGGAAAGAGGGAAUAUAAGUGUAAUUAAGUUGCAUUAAUGAGCUGCAGCAAUUAAUAAAACAAUAAACAAUGCAGUUUUGUUAGCUCCAUCUCCCAGCAUAUGAAGUGUCAAGCAGAGACAGAGCACUUGUCACCAUCCGUGGCAUUCUUUAGCUGGUACAUUCCAAGUACUAUU